AUGGCUCUUGGAAAAAUUGUCCCGACAGCGAAGGAACUUGAGCAAUUCGAUCUCAGUGAUGCACAUACCGUCGAGCUUAUUAAUCGUGCCCAAGAGGGAGAUGCCGCCGAUCGCAAGCUCACAGUCCGUCAGGCUCUAGCCAAGUACAGGAAGGCAGUUUUCUGGGCCUUGUUCUUGUCUACCAGUCUUAUUAUGGAAGGAUACGAUCUUGUCAUUAUUACUUCCUUCUACGGACAGACACAAUUCAAGAAUCGUUUUGGUGUGUUUGAUGAGGGAAGCGGCGAGAAGCUCAUCCCUCCUGAGUGGCAAUCCGGACUUUCGAAUUCGGCAUUAGUUGGGCAACUCGCAGGGCUGGUUGUGAAUGCCUGGUGUCAAGACAGAUUUGGUGCGAGGCACACAAUGAUGUUCUUCAUGGCAUGGAUGGGGGUGAUGAUAUCGAUUCCGUGUUUCGCACCAUCCUUGCCGGUGCUGGCCUGGGGCGAGGCAAUGUGCGGCGUCUCGUGGGGUGUCUUUCAGACACUAAGUACAACAUACGCUUGUGAGGUCGUCCCAACUGUACUUCGGCCUUAUGUCACAGCCUACGUCUGCAUGUGUUGGGGCGCCGGUAUCUUGCUCUCAGCUGGAGUUGUCCGAGCCGUCGCUAGUAUCGACGGCGACAUGGGCUGGCGGCUUCCAUUCCUUCUUCAGUGGGUAUGGCCCGUCCCCCUUUUCAUCGGGGCGUACUUUGCACCUGAGUCUCCAUGGAACGCUGUGAGGCGUGGCAAAUUCGACACAGCUCGGGAAAGCCUUGUUCGUCUUCGAGAAGCCACCACGGAACGCGAAGCUGAAGUCGAUGCUUCGCUGGCGUACAUCAGACACACAACAGCACUCGAGGAGGCCGAGACGCACGGCGCCUCGUUCAUUGAGUGUUUCAAAGGAACCAAUUUGUGGCGGACUGAGAUUAUUCUCCCGGAGAAUUGCGUCGUCUGGGCUGCCCAAAUCCUAGGGGGCAAUGCUCUUGUAGCUUACGGAGUGACCUUCCUCCAAGCCGCAGGCUUUUCGGAGAUCCAGUCUCUCAACCUGAACAUCUCAUUGUCUGCAUGCUACGUUAUUGGGGGCAUUAUAUGCUGGUUUCUGUUUCCUCAUAUUGGACGUGCAACGCUCUACAUGAGUGGUUUGACAUUCCUAUUUUUCUGCAACAUUGUAAUCGGAGGACUCGGAUUCACGAAGGAUGCAAAAGCUCAGAUUGCGAUUGGCGUCAUUCUGGUUGUCUCAACUCUGGUCAACAUGGUCACGGUCGGGCCUGUCUGCUACCCUAUCGUUGCGGAAACCCCAUCUGGGAGACUCCGUUACAAGACCAUCGUGAUCGGUCGCUUCGUCUACAAUGUUACUGGUAUUGUGGAACACACCCUCACUCCGCGAAUGAUUUCGCCGAUUGGAUGGAAUUGGGGAGCGAAGGCUGGUUUGUUUUACGCUGGAACUAAUCUCAUUUGCAACACGUGGUGUUAUUUCCGUCUCCCGGAAACAAAAGACCGAACGUUUGGUGAACUUGAUAUUCUCUUCGAAAACAGGAUUCCCGCAAGAAAGUUCAAGUAUACCACUGUUGACCAAUUCGCCGGAAGAAAUGAGAUCGUUGGCAAGGAGGAAGACAUGGCCUAA